UAUAUAAGUGAACACAACUCCUAUUUGGAUUAGCUAUUACAUUGGUGGCUGUCCGCCCGCGUCGUCACACCGUUACCGUUUGUAAUUAGUCUUAACGUCAAAAUGUUAAGAAUAAUUACCUUUGUUUCGCUGUUGGUGGCCCAUACAUUUGUGUCCGCAGAGUACAUAUUCAAAGGGUUUGACGACAAGUUCCAACCAGAUUGGUGGCAAUCGGAUAUCAUCUAUCAGAUUUACGUUCGUUCUUUUAAAGACAGCAACGGCGAUGGAAUCGGAGAUUUCAAUGGUAUUACGGAGAAAGUUGAUUAUUUUAAGAGUAUAAAUGUUGGAGCGGUUUGGCUAUCUCCAAUAUUCGAAUCUCCACAAGAUGAUUUUGGGUACGACGUAUCAAACUUUAAGCGGGUCUACCCAGUAUACGGUACCAUGGCUGACUUUGACCGGAUGAGGGAUGCAUUCCACCAAAGAGGUAUUAAAGUAAUAUUGGACUUUGUGCCAAAUCACACGAGUGACGAACAUUCGUGGUUCAUCAAAUCUGUAAAGCGAAUUGAACCUUACACAAAUUACUACGUGUGGAAAGACCCAAUUAUCGAUGAAAAUGGAAACAGGACACCUCCGAAUAACUGGUUGGGCGUUUUCAAUACUGGGUCUGCUUGGGAGUGGAACGAAGAACGUCAACAAUACUAUUUCCACGCUUUUCAAGUAAAACAGCCAGACUUGAACUAUAGAUGUCCAAUGGUCGUGGAAGAAAUCAAGAACAUCAUACUCUUUUGGCUGGGACGCGGUGUAGAUGGGUUCAGAUUCGACGCCGUCAACUAUCUAUACGAAAGGGAAGAUUUACAGGACGAAGGGAAAUCUUACAAAGUCGGCAUUUUAGACACUGAUUACGACGCGUUGGUGCACAACAACACACUGGAUCAACCGGAAACUUACGAAAUGGUGCGCGUUUGGAGACAGGUGCUAGACGAUUAUUCGACUACCGAGAAGUUGACCAACUUCUUUAUGGUGGAAUGUUACUCGCCAUUGAACAACACCAUGAGGUACUACGGUAACGCAACGUCUCCAGGAGCUCAUUUUCCGUUCAACUUUUUGCUCAUCAAUAAGUUCGAUCAGCAAUCCGACGCCUACGAUGUCGACAACACGAUUAAGUCCUGGAUGCUGAACAUGCCUGAAAACAUGUGGCCCAACUGGGUGCUCGGCAAUCAUGACAACUCGCGAUUAGCGACUAGGACCAACCCGCUAUUGGUUGACGGCCUACACAUGUUGCAACUCCUGAUGCCGGGAACCCCGAUCACGUACUACGCCGACGAGUUGGGUGUGCAAGACACGUACGUCCGAUGGAACCAGACGUUGGAUCCGGCCGGACGUAACGUCGGCGUGUUGCGGUACACGAAGUUCAGUCGAGAUCCCGCCAGAAGUCCGUUUCCCUGGGACGACUCUGUAAACGCCGGUUUCACCAACGGAACGAACGGAACGUGGCUCCCUAUCAACCCGAACUAUUGGCAAGACAACCUGGUCAAGUUGUCCAAGUUUAAGAGCCACCUCAAGACGUACAGACAGUUGUCGCGCUUGAGACAGAACCCGACAAUCAUCAAAGGAGACUUGCACGUAUACGUACUGUCCAAAUGGGUGUACGGUUUUUCGAGGAGUUUUUAUGAUCAUCCAACAUUCUUCGUCGUCAUUAAUUUCGGUAGUGAACUGGAAACAAUUAAUAUAAAAGCAGCUAGACCAACAUUACCAACUAUAUUGAAGGUCAAAGUUUCAAGUAUAAACUCAGGUUAUGUUACUGGUAAUAUAGUACUAUCGACUUCCUUACAGUUGAGACCAAAAGCAUCUCUUGUUCUCUCAACAGCAAAACCGAAUGCAGACAAUUAAAAAUGACUCAUUAAAAUAUUGAAGAAAGAAUAUACAAUAUUACAAGUACAAAUUAAAAUAUAACAGGUUUUAGAAACUUGACGCAUAGUUUUUUUUCCAUACUCUAUAAUAUUAUGUAUACAUGUUCAAUUAAUUUAAUGCCACACGUACAACAACAAUAGUGGUUUUCUUCAAAAUUAAUUUAUUGCUGAACAACAAAAAUUCAAAAGCGUUUAAGAUUUUUGCAAACACUUUAUACUAUGUUUAUUGGUGUUAACUAUCAAUGUCUCAUGAUCAAUUAUCUACAGCUGCGCAUUUAGGUUAUUUCUCGUAAUAUUAUAAUAAUUUGUAAAAAUAAAUUAAAAUGUAUAAUUUA